AUGAGUGCAUUGCAUCUUAAUUUGAAAGGUGAAGAAGAUGCUUUAAGGAUACGCAUUGAGCAACUCUCACUUCAUCACAAGACCUCCAAUAGAAAUCAGACGGUACCAAUUCAAAAAGCUUUAUCAUGCUUUGACUCCCUCCACCCCAACGUACCCGGGAAGUGCGAAAAAGCAAGGCCAAAAAAGCUGUUUCUUUCAAAUUCAUCUUCUCUUCUUCUCCAUACGUUGGAUGCGCGAGGAACCAAACGCGCCCUUGUGAGGCUCAGACUCUUCCCCGAACAUAUUGCCAAUGCUCUUCUUGCUUUUCUUCUUCUCCCAGUUUUUCUGAGCUCUGAAUCGCUCAAUGCUCAACGUUUCCGCCAACAUUAUCACUCUUCUUCAAGAUCUUCGUCUCACUCCGUCUUCGGCCAAACUUAUCUGAGGUUAGUGGAUCCGCUUCACGGAAAUCUGAACCAGUUGCUGAUUUCGUUUGUGUUUCUGUUUUCAGCGUUCUUUGACUCUGCUUUUGUUUCGCGGCACGUAAAACGAGGAGAGCUGAAGAAAAUGAGGAUUGUUGUUUGA